AUGAGGGGAGGGCCCCUUCACGGCCAAGUUUUGAAACUGGGUUUGGACUCUGAUCUCUAUACCGAGACCACAUUGAUAUCAAUGUAUGCAGCAUGUGGGGAUGUCGGUGGUGCUAGAAAGGUGUUUGAUAAAAUGGACCAGAGAAAAAAUAGGGUUGUUUGGACUAGCAUGGUAAGUUGGUAUACCAUGAACGGUUACCCAAAAGAUGCAUUGCUACUUUUCGCCGAGAUGGAAUUAGAAGAGGGGAUGGAGGGAGACGAGGUUGCCAUUGCGAGCGCCCUCUCGGCUUGCGCGGAAUUGAAGGAUUUGGAAUAUGGGAAGAAGCUGCAUUGCAGAAUUCGGCAAUCAGGGAUGAAGAUAUGUGUGGUUCUGGGCACGGCUUUGAUCAAUUUGUAUGCCAAGUGUGGUGAAAUGGAGAGUGCAAGAGAGGUGUUUGACGAAACUCCUGAGAGGAAUAUUGUGGCGUGGUCCGCGGUGAUUUCCGGGUAUGCUCAGAACAAUCAGGGCAAAGAAGCUCUUAAAGAAUUUAAGAAGAUGGUUUCUGAUUCUGAUCAUAAGCCUAAUGCGAUCACCGUUAUGGCGGUGCUUUCGGCUUGUGCUCAAGAAGGGGAUUUGGCUCUCGGAAAGUGGGUUCAUGUCAAUGUUGAAAGAGAAGGGUUGAAUCACUCCACUGGAUUGAAGAACUCACUCAUUGAUAUGUGCUCGAAGUGCCGCAAGAUUGAUGUGGCCUGCGAAAUUUUCGAAGGGAUGAAGGAGAAGGACAUUGUUUCUUGGAAUGCUAUGAUCAACGGGCUCGCACUUCAUGGGCUCGGCGAUAAAGCCCUUAUCUACUUCUCCCUGAUGCAGAAGGAUGGAAUUAAGCCAGAUGAUAUAACCUUCAUUGGUGUAUUAUCAGCUUGCAGUCAUGGGGGUUUAAGCUGGGCUGUUGGAAGAAGCGGAGAAGUUCAUCCAGGAGAUGCCCAUGAAGCCGGAUGGAGCAGUAUGGGGUGGGGGGCUUUGCUUAGCGGAAGCAAUGCAUAUGGAAAUGUAGAACUUGGCGAGAAAGCAGCAAAAGAGCUUCUUGAUAUAGAACCGAACAACGACAGUGUUUAUGACUUUAUGUGCUUUUGUCGAACAUCUAUGCUAAGAAGAAGCACUGGAAAGAAGUGA